UUACCCAUAGUGCUCGGCAGUCGUAUAUUGGCAACAUGGCGGCCAACAUGGCUGCUUUACACUCGACCUUAACAAAAGAAAUACGAGACAAACUUGGUCUUUGGGAUGCUAAACAUGGGUGUCUUUCGCCUUUGAGUGGAACACAGAAAAACAGUGUGGUAGAACUCACAGCCAUAUCAUCUAACAGACCUCUGCCUAGCGAGAUGCCUGAUGAUGACUACACUCAUAUCCCAACCAAAAGAACAUUAAGCGAUAGCGGCAAACAAACUCAGUUGGACAUAGCUAGCCUUGACUUGGGACAAGAAAAAAUAGAAAAUGCGCAACAGUUCUUCUCAUGGUUUGCAAAAGUUGAAUGUCAGAUGGAGCAAGAACAAGAGUCUUCAUAUCGUUCAUACUCAGAUCAGCUCAAGACAUACCGUGAUCACUGUGAUAGCAUUCUUAAGGAAGUAGAAGAAGCAAUAUAUUAUUUACAAGAGCUGCAACAUCAGCAUGUUUUGGUCUCUACUAAAACUGGUGCGUUGCAUGGAGCGUGUGAGCAACUCUUGCAAGACCAGACAAAAUUAGUCAACAUGGCUGAAAGCAUAAACAACAAGUUAUCAUACUUCAAUACUCUUGAACAUCUUCAACAUAAACUUAGCUCACCCACCCUGUCUGUAAACAGUGAAUCAUUUAUUCCUCUCCUUGCUCAGCUGGAUGAAUGCAUAUCAUACAUUUCAAGCAGUCCCCAGUACAAGGAAUCAUCUGUCUACCUAACCAAGUUCAAGAACUGUUUAAAUCAGUCACUUCAUCUUAUCAAAUCACAUGUCAUUUCCCUUCUUAAGAAUGCAACAAUGCAAGUUCUAAAUAACAAGGACACUGCAACCUCAGAGAAUUCAUUUGCUUUAUUCUAUGGUAAAUUCAGGGCUUGUGCUCCAAGAGUAAAGUCGUUGAUGGAACAAAUUGAACAAAGAGCAUACAUGUCUACAGAAUAUGCAUCUCUGCUAAGUGAUUGUCAGAAUUGUUACUUUGAUCAACGGUCUCAGCUGCUGACGCCAUGUGUUACAGAUGCUGUUGACAAACUAACUAAACAGUAUGCAAAAAACCCAUGUUCUCUUGUUCGUGCUGGAUGUUCUGUGUUAAUCCAUGUUUGCCAAGAUGAAUAUCAACUGUAUUUCCACUUCUUCUCCAAAACAAGUAGUGGUUUAGACACCCUCCUAGAGAAUCUUAGCAGUAGUCUAUAUGACUGUUUACGACCAAUCAUCAUUCACAUGAACCACAUGGAAACAUUGGCUGAAUUGUGUUCAAUACUCAAGGUGGAAAUGCUUGAAGAUCAUGUACAACAGAAAGGAGAGGAGCUUGCAUCAUUUGGAGUAGUAGUUGAUCAGAUGUUACAGGAUGUACAGGAACGCCUGGUUUACAGAGCACAGGCAUACAUUGAAUCAGAUAUCCUCAAGUACUCACCUGCACCUGGGGACCUGGCUUACCCCGAGAAACUAAUCAUGGAGACAAACGAACAAGACGACCAAGACAAAGAUGCAAGCACACCUAAAAGAAAAUCUGCUGAAUUACCAGCAGCUCUUGCAGACCUUCAAGGCAUGUGGUAUCCAACAGUUAGGCGAACUCUUGUCUGUCUGUCCAAGUUGUACCGCUGUAUUUCGAAAGAGACCUUUGAGGGUUUGUCUCAAGAGGCAUUGUCUGUGUGUAUUCAGUCUCUUAAAUUGGCAAGUGCAUUGAUCACCAAGAGAAAGGAUGCGAUUAAUGGAUAUCUAUUUUUAAUCAAACAUCUCCUUAUUCUUCGAGAGCAAAUUGCUCCAUUUGACGUGGAUUUUGUCAUCAAGGAAGUUUCACUGGACUUCAGCAAGAUGAGAACGGCUGCAUUUGGUUUGUGGAGCAAAAGCAGUAAUCUGUUUUCACUCAGCAGUAACAAUGCGAUUCUAGAGUUUUUACUUGAGGGUGCGCCACAGUUAACAGAGAGUUAUCUUGAUUCUAAGAAGGAAGUUGACAUUGAAUUACGUGUCGUUUGUGAGAAGUUUAUCCAACAUGUUUGUGAGUCUCUCAUUUCUCCCUUAUCGGGAUUGUUAUCCAAGAUCAAUGUGGUGGUGAAGAUGGCUGAAGAUGAUGGCAAGGAUCCUAGUGUUUUCCUAAAGCAGCAACCGUUCGCUAAACCAGAAAAUGUGCGUAAAGUUGUGAGCGAAACGUACAUGCUGAUCAAGUCUAAACUGCCUAGCACGUUACAGAGCAUGUCCCUGUUCUUGGCCAACAAGGAUACAGAAUAUAUAUUGUUCAAACCUGUUAAGGCCAAAGUCCAGGAACAGUACAAACAAAUGAAUGAUAUAGUCACAAACACGUACUCAGAAGAAGAUGCGCAAAUCAUUGGAUGUCCCUCAAUACAACAGGUAUCUUUGUUACUUGCUGUUUCCUGAUGAUGCAAAGUAGUGUGUGACCAAGUCCUUGAUAAAAUCAGAAUGUACCAACACACAGAUACAUGCUACAGUUAAUAAGGGUUGAAGCGUUUGUAACCUAACAGCAAUGGGAAAUAGACUGGACAUCUUGCAACUUAAUGUUAGCGUUUCUGUGAUUGCAUUAUGCAAUAUCUAUGUAUAGCAGCUACAAGUACUUAUUAUUGCCGGCCAGAAUGUUUGUCUGCAUGAGCAGCAGUAAGAUAAACACAAUCACAGUUACAAAUCCAAAUAUGUAUGAUGUCUUCAAUGGGAUAGCAAACAACUUGGGCUGAAAACAGACAAGAUUAGAAAAACACCUGUCAUUAUCACCAUACGUUCACAAAUCAGUAAAGAAUAGAAUUGUAGAUAAAUAUUCGGAAAUUAUUAACACUAUUAUAGUUUUCAUGCCCAAGGGUGAAUUUUGCAGCGUGGACCAUUUUCACAUUCCCCAUGAUAAUACAUUGCAGUGUUUUAGGAGUAAUGAGUGAACCGCACACAUCAUACUAAAGACUGAUCACAAGAUGUUACAAUGUAUCUUAGGAUAUUUAGAGAUGAAUGAGAAACUCAAAGUAUAACACCAAACCUCUUGAUGUUCUGAACAUGGAAAAUGAGCUCAUAGUAGAUAAGUAUUUUACAGAUAAAAGCAGAUACAGUGUACAUUUACUCAAAAAAUAUUCAACGCCUUGUUUACGGCAUACUGGCAAAUGCAUUAAGAGACUGGCAUCAAGCUUACUGUGGUUUUCGAUAUUCUGGGAACUCGGUACGCAGUUGAGAACUACGCUAAUUUUUUUUUCUUGCUGCCGUCAAACAAAAGUAAUAAUGUCUGAGUUUGCAGAAUAUUGGAAACUACAGUAAUAAAUAGAAGCUAAUGGGAUAGCUAGCUUUUAAAAAGAUAACUACCUUAAGAUCUGUGUUUUGUACAAAUAGCAAGAAUGAAUCUCUGUCAAACUGAGUGGUGGAUGGGUAGCCAAACACACGUAUCUUUAGACUAAGCUGCUUGAAUAUCUGGCCACUCUUAGUUAACAAUGUGCCCUGUAGAAGUAACAAAACACAUUAAUAUAAGUAUUGGGGUAUGAUCUAAUACUUCAGAAGGGGUACACAAUGAAAUAAAGAUUAAAAAA